UGCAGAAUCAGAUGCAGUUUCCCUCUGCGUAUGGCUCAUAUCCUCAAGACUACGGUAUUCCCUCUGGACACUACUCAGACGUGCCCGGUAAAGCCAUCCCUUCACAGCUGGACAACCACUAUCGUGCCGAUUAUUACUCUGCCCACUACUCUGUACCAGCACAAAAUGUGAUUACGUCUUCUGUGACUCCCCACGUGGCAAGCACACAGGGGUUGCAACAUUUAUACAGCAGGGUUCCUCACACGGUGGAAUCAUCUGGACCCAUCCAAGGGAUGGUCUCUUCUGCGUCUCAGUUCCAUACCAGCGUUUCACAGUCUUACUCUUCAUUUGGUAGCCCCUACAGUACUUCAGUCUUGCACUCUGCCAGCUCUUCAGUUCCGUCUCAGGGAUUUGGGGUUCCUUCUGGUCACUAUGUUAUGCCGCCGGUCUCCAGUGCUGCUUACCCUAAUGUUUCGUAUCCUCCUAUGUCCCCUGGCACUACAUAUGGACAAGCGCCUACUUCUCACGGUGUACCAGCUCUCGGACAUUCUAAAGUGGCAAAUGCCUACUCUAGUCAAAACAGAACAACACCUACAGUGCAACAGAAAGUUCCUUUGGGAUAUAAUUCUGCAUCGUGGUCUGCUCCAGAACUCCUUUCAACUGAAGGGAAUCGUGGUGGAAGCUUUGCAGGAUCCUUGCUGAAUUCAGGCAAUCCAAUGAGUACAGGAUCACCACAUCUUGUAAACCACAGUGUUCAGCCUACAAGUCCUGCCCAAGGAACUUCUUCAGCUGUGACUUCUUCAGAAAGAACACCUGCUGUAGAGAAAACAGCAAAGUCUACCAUUGCCUCCUCCAUCUCACAACCACCAGAGUCAUUACUACAUGAAGGCAUGCAGUAUGGUGGAUAUGUUAAUAAUCAAGCUAGCUCUCCAGCAACCCCCUUGUCAUCAAGUACAGAUGAUGAGGAAGAGGAUGAGGAGGAUGAGGAAGCAGCUGUUGACAGCUCUUCCACUACAAGUAGUGCAUCUCCUGUUCCCAACAAUUAUGAUAACCUUGAAGGAGGUGGCUAUCCAGAGGCACGUUCUACGACUAGUAGUCCAGUUCCUGUUUCUUCAGUUUCCCAAACAUCGAAACCCUCUAAACCUUUUGGCUACGGGUACCCUGCUCUCCAACCUGGCUAUCAGAAUGUAACACCACCACCUGCCAUGCAGCCAAAUAACUCUGGAUAUAAUUCUGGAUUUCCUCAGUACCCACAGCAAUAUCCCACAAUGAGUCAACUGUCAGCUAGUCUUGGAGGACUAGGUCUACAGCAGGCUCAGCAGCCAGAGAGCUUAAGACCGGUCAACCUUACUCAAGAUAGAAAUAUCCUGCCUAUUGCUCCAGUCCCUGCUCCUGUGCCUAAUUUGAACUCAGAUCUGAAGAAGCUGAACUGCAGCCCAGACUCAUUUCGAUGCACUUUGACAAAUAUCCCUCAGACUCAAGCUUUGCUAAACAAAGCAAAACUUCCUUUGGGGUUGCUUCUACAUCCCUUCAGAGAUCUAACGCAGUUACCCGUGAUAACAUCAAGUACCAUUGUGAGAUGUAGGUCAUGCAGAACAUACAUCAACCCUUUUGUUUCCUUUAUUGAUCAAAGGAGAUGGAAAUGUAACUUGUGCUACAGAGUUAAUGAUGUUCCAGAAGAAUUUAUGUAUAAUCCUCUGACACGAUCAUACGGCGAACCUCACAAACGGCCAGAAGUGCAAAACUCUACGGUGGAGUUCAUUGCUUCUUCAGAUUAUAUGCUUCGUCCACCUCAGCCUGCAGUGUAUUUGUUUGUAUUUGAUGUGUCCCACAAUGCAGUAGAAGCCGGAUAUUUGUCAAUUGUGUGUCAGUCUUUGCUGGAAAACUUAGACAAGUUGCCUGGAGAUUCAAGAACAAGAAUAGGCUUCAUAACGUUUGACAGCACUGUUCAGUUCUACAAUUUGCAGGAAGGAUUAUCACAGCCUCAGAUGCUAAUUGUAUCGGAAAUUGAUGAUGUCUUCCUGCCCACACCUGACAGCUUACUUGUUAAUCUGCAUGAAAGUAAAGAGCUGAUUAAAGACUUACUGAAUGCACUACCAAAUAUGUUCAUCAACACGAGAGAAACGCACAGUGCAUUGGGCCCAGCCCUUCAAGCAGCCUAUAAAUUGAUGUCUCCUACAGGUGGGCGGGUAUCUGUGUUUCAGACACAGUUACCGUCCUUGGGAGCAGGGCGCUUGCAGUCAAGGGAAGAUCCCAAUCAGAGAUCAAGCACAAAGGUUGUUCAGCACCUUGGCCCAGCAACAGAUUUUUAUAAGAAGUUGGCACUAGAUUGUUCAGGACAGCAAACAUCUGUGGAUUUGUUCCUUUUAAGCUCACAGUAUUCAGAUCUAGCAUCUCUUGCUUGCAUGUCCAAAUACUCUGCUGGGUGCAUCUAUUAUUAUCCAUCUUUCCAUCAUAGCCUCAAUACAAUUCAAGCAGAAAAGUUGCAGAAAGAUCUUAAAAGAUAUCUUACUCGAAAGAUUGGGUUUGAAGCAGUCAUGAGAAUAAGAUGUACAAAAGGUCUUUCAAUACAUACGUUCCAUGGUAACUUCUUCGUGCGAUCUACUGACUUGCUGUCACUUGCCAAUGUCAAUCCUGAUGCUGGAUUUGCAGUACAGAUGUCCAUUGAAGAAAGCCUGACAGACACAUCGUUAGUUUGUUUCCAGACUGCACUUUUAUACACUUCAAGCAAAGGUGAACGGAGAAUUCGAGUGCACACACUCUGUUUGCCUGUGGUCACUUCGUUGCCCGAUGUUUAUGCCGGUGCGGAUGUACAAGCAAUUGUAUGCCUCUUGGCCAACAUGGCUGUGGAUCGUUCAGUUUCGUCAAGUCUUUCAGAUGCAAGAGAUGCCUUAGUGAAUGCAGUGGUUGAUUCCCUGUCUGCUUAUAUGUCAACUGUAUCAAAUCUCCAGCAAACUGCUUUGAUAGCUCCAAAUUCCCUCAGGCUGUUUCCUUUGUAUGUUUUGGCUCUCUUCAAACAGAAAGCGUUUAGAACUGGCACCAGUACACGCUUAGAUGAUCGCGUAUAUGCCAUGUGCUUAAUAAAAAGCCAGCCUCUGGUUCACUUGAUGAAGAUGAUACACCCCAACUUGUACAGGAUAGACAGACUCACUGAUGAGGGUGCGAUACAUGUCAAUGAUAGAGUUGUGCCCCAGCCCCCUCUUCAGCGACUGUCUGCGGAGAAAUUGACAAGAGAAGGAUCUUUUCUUAUGGAUUAUGGCCCAGCAAUGUAUAUAUGGAUUGGAAAAAGCUGCGAUAAUAACUUCAUAAAAGAUGUCCUGGGAUACCCUAACUAUUCAUCUGUACCACAAGGACUGACUCAGCUUCCAGAAUUAGAUACUGUUUCUUCAGAACGAACCAGGUCACUUAUAUCCUGGCUUAAGGACAGUAAACCUCUAAACCCAGUCCUUCAAAUAAUAAAAGAUGAAGGUCCUGCAAAUGCAGAUUUUUUCCAAUAUUUAGUUGAAGACAAAACGGAGGCAGCGUUUUCUUAUUAUGAAUUUUUGCUGCAUAUUCAACAACAGAUUUGUAAGUAAAAGAAGAAGAAAUGAAAG